AUGAGCCACUUGAAUGGAGAAGGAAGGGAGGAUGGAGGGAAUUGUAAGACUACAGCUGUGAUGGACACAAAGGUGAAGCAGGAAUUCCCCUCUCCUCCCAAGCAAGAAUCACAUCGAGAACGAGAACUGGUGAAGAAGGAACUCCACCCCCAUCCCCAUGCGCAUCAUGGGCAUUCCCCGCAUGGGAAUCGGGGCACAUCUAGUGCAGGGAUGGGAAAAGAUCGCAAGCCCCAUGGACUUGGUCCCAUCUCCUCAGCAUCUUUCCCCUCCUCAUCCUCCUCGUCUUCCGUGGUAGACAGUGAUCUGGUGCGGGACCUCAAGGCUCAACUGAAGAAGUCCCAAAGUGAGCAGAAGGAGAUGAAACUCCUUCUUGACAUGUACAAAGGAGUUGCCAAGGAUCAGCGUGAUAAGUUGGCAGCCAUGGCUCCGAUUGAACGAGCAACUCUUUGCCCCAUCGUCUACUACGAGUUCUUCCAAGGACACUCUGCGAGAGCCGCUGCGGACAACAUCUGCGCUGCAUUCGAGGGUAACGUCGUCCACUAUUCCACGACAGUCAAUGACAAAGCCCUGCGGAAUGCCCUCAACACGAAGCCGAACGCCACCACUCGCGAAUCGCCGACUACACUUGGAGUCACCCAUAUGGCCAUCGGCAACCAUCCGAACGACCUCGGCUAUCGGAAGGUUUACUUGACUUGGGUCCCUCAUCGGCUCGGCGACUCUGACAAAGCAAGCUGUGUGCAAUUGAUGGCAGCAGAAAGGAAAGCCAGGAUGGAGGUGGAUGAGUUGAAGCUCCAGCUCAAGAAAUUCCAGGACGCACGGAGGGAGGAGCGUCGGAAGCUGGCCGACGAAGAUGCCAUGCGCAAGAUUCGUCAGUUGGAGGAACAAGUGCAUCACCUGCAGAAGAUGGUGGCAUCUCACAAGCAGGAGGAAGCAGCCCUACUGAACGAAAUGGAGGUGACAGGGCAGGCAUUUGAGGACAUGCAGGAGCAGAAUGCCCGACUCAUCAAACAGCUGAAGGAGAAGGAUGAUGCCAACAUGAAGCUCAUGGGGGAACGCAUCAAGAGCAACCAGAUCAACAAGCUGGGUCGGGAGGAGAAGGACAUGCUAGUGGAACAGGUGAAGACAUUGACAACGCAAUUAGAAGCACAGAGACAAGUGGUGGUGAAGCUGGAGGAGAAGGAAGGACUCUUGCAGGCCUCUCUCAUCUCCGUCGAGAAGGAGGUCCAAUUGAGGACUCAGGCUGCCGAGACACACAAAAGGAAGGCCCUCGAGGCUGCCCAAUCUGCCUAUGAUCUCAACCUCCACCUUAGUAAGUCUCAUCCUGGACUUCUCAUGUCUCUUGCCUAUGUUGGAUUUUAUGACAUAUUGCCUCAGUGGAAAGCCCUUGCCCUGCAAGGGUUUUCCUACCCCUUCUGCAUUUCUUGUCUAAAUAGCCCUCAGUGUGGGAAAGUGCAAUAG